GCAGCUGAAUAUGUUAAAUCUCGACUCCCAGAGGCCCUUAAACAGCAUCUUCAGGACUACGAGAAAGACAAAGAAAAUAGUGUAUUGUCUUACCAGACCAUCCUCGAACAGCAGAUUCUGUCAAUUGAUCGGGAAAUGCUAGAAAAAUUGACCGUGUCCUAUGAUGAAGCAGGUACAACCUGUCUGAUCGCCCUACUCUCAGAUAAAGACCUCACUGUGGCCAACGUGGGUGACUCGCGUGGGGUCCUGUGUGACAAAGAUGGGAAUGCCAUUCCUCUGUCCCAUGAUCACAAGCCUUACCAGCUGAAGGAAAGGAAGAGGAUAAAGAGAGCUGGUGGUUUCAUCAGUUUCAAUGGCUCCUGGAGAGUGCAGGGGAUCCUGGCCAUGUCUCGGUCCCUGGGGGAUUACCCACUGAAAAACCUCAACGUGGUCAUCCCGGACCCAGACAUCCUGACCUUUGACCUGGACAAGCUUCAGCCCGAGUUCAUGAUCUUGGCUUCAGACGGCCUCUGGGAUGCCUUCAGCAACGAGGAAGCGGUCCGGUUCAUCAAGGAGCGCCUGGAUGAACCUCACUUCGGGGCCAAGAGCAUAGUUCUGCAGUCGUUCUACAGAGGCUGCCCCGACAACAUCACGGUCAUGGUGGUGAAGUUCAGGAACAGCAGCAAGACAGAAGAGCAGUGAGCCUGUGGGGUCCCCACUGCCCUGGACCCAGGACCUCAACGCUGGUCUCCCCACGCAGUGAAGGGCGUGCGAGUUGUCAUUAGGCUCAUCCAUCCCAGACUUGGAACCCCUCCUGGUGGUCUCGGGUCUCAUCACAAGGAGCAGAGGGGGCUCUUGGUCCAUGUAGCCGAGAGGCUGGCAAGUGGUUUCUUCAUGUUUUCCCAACCCUUUCAUCCACAAUCUAGAAAUAACUAGCUGUAGAUCCCGUGUAUGAGGUGAAUAGCACAUGUGCCAUGUAGUCUCCCUCGUAAGAUUCUUUUCGAGACCCCGUUGGGGUCCCCCUGUUAUCCCUGUUGUGUCUUCUCUCUGGAACAGUGGGCAGGGCAGGCCAUGGUGCCACCUGUGAGCAGCCAGGAGCUGACCGUCCCCCUUGGGGAGGAAGUGCCACCCUGAGCCCAGAAGCGGGUCUGCAGUGGCUUCUGAUUCAGCAGCUGCUCCUGGAGACUGAGGGGGAGCAGAGAGGAGGGGACAGCCGCAGCAGCUCCCUGCACAGCAGCGGUGACCCCUGCCUCACCCCUUUAUGAGUUAAGUGGGCUCUGUACCACCUGGCAGUCUUCUUGCAUUGAUCCUGACCACUCAUGACCUUAACCUUUGGCUUAGACCUGACUGCGUGACAGGCAGCUGUUAACUUCACCAACAGACACCGUGAUCUUUCAUCUAAGACGACUAAGAAACCAUGUUCACGGAAAUGAGAAAAGCAAGUCACCAUGCCAUCAUCCCUCUCCGCCCCCUGCCUUUUUGAGGGUAGGUGGAGGAGAGCAAGGCUGAGGGAGUCAUAGCGCCCCCCAGAACAGGCUGUUUGCAUGGGAGAGGAGAGACGGAGCUGGUGUGAUCAUCCCCGAGGAGCUGCAGCCGCCAGUUUCUGUGUGUUUUCCUUCCAAGUGUCUGUCGAGCAGUGUCCUGAGAAGCAGGGCCUGGAACUGCAGCCAGGCACAGAGUCUGGUGGCAACCAACAGGUUGCGCCCCUCCUUGGCUGUGGAAAGGCAGCCUUUAAUGUCUGGUUGCAAGCCUCCGUCCACACCGGGGAGCUCUCCCCAGGCAGACACUGACCACCCUGUGCAGCCUGCAGGGAGCAGCACUGGGACACCUGGGGCACUGUGCGUGGUGGCAGCAAAGCCAGUCGGGAUUCAAGCGUGACCCCACAGUGAUGAGCAGCCCGUAGUCAUCUGGGGCUUAGCUUUCUGCUCUCCGUUUCCUGUCACCAAUGUCUCAUUCCAACCUCAGUAUCUUCUAAGUUAAUUUAGAGAAAAUGCUGGGUCACUCUCUGCCUGGCUAAGGUGGCUCCAAAGCCAGACAAGUUUUCCUUGCCCCCUGCCCGGCGUAUCCACCUGGUUCUCUUCCUCCUGUGUGGGUAUCUGUCAUCAAAGCUUCUCAAAGGCCCCACACCCACUCCGUCCAUCUCCUGCCUGCCCUCCACCCUCCCACAGCCAUCGCGCCCUCCCGGAGCAGUUUCCAGGAGAGAAGGCAGAGCGUGAAGAGACUGCCUCGUGGCUGCAAGGACUGCAGGCGUCACGA